AUGUUGUUAUGUCCAAAGAAAGAAUAUUUCGAUGAUUGUAUUCGUACGAUAGAUAAGGAAUACUCCAAUGAAGAUGAACGUAAAGAUGAUUUUAAUGUAAGACAACAAAUGUUAAUAUUACGACGUAAAUCAAUCGAGGACAAUAUCAUACUAAGAGCUGCUUAUAAAGCUCCUGGAGUUUAUAUAUUUAAAGCAAAGAAAUUUCAAAAAAAAUCAUUGACAAUAUUAAAAAAGUAA